AUGCCUACUCCUCGCCAAGUCUACGUUGCCGUCAUUGGUGUCGGCGGUGUCGGAAAAUGCUUCCUUGACCAAUUCCAGGCCCUUCGAACCCGCAUGUCACAAGCCACAUCUCCCACCUACCUCGAUCUCAUCUUCGUCUCGCGCUCGUCAAAAGUCCUCUUCAGCGAGAGCUUCCGCCCUUUGAACCUUGACACCGUCGAGUCCGAUCUUGCCUCAUCCAAGCAACCCAUCCUCGAAGCCUCCGCUCUUGUCGAGUACCUCGCGACCGCCCCCGAACAGGUCAUCCUCGUCGACAACACUAGCUCGCUCGACAUCGCACGACAAUAUCCUGCCUUCUUGCGCAAGGGUAUCAGCGUCGUCACUCCCAACAAGAAGGGCUUCUCCGAUAACUAUGAGCUCUGGAAGGACAUCUUCGCCGCUGCCUCUAACGGUACUGGCAAUGGUGGUUACGUCUUCCACGAGAGUACCGUUGGUGCCGGUCUACCCGUCCUCUCUACCCUGAAAGAGCUUGUCGAAACUGGCGAUGAGGUUACAAAGAUCGAGGGUGUCUUCUCCGGUACCAUGAGUUUCUUGUUCAACAGCUUUAUGCCUGUUGGUGGCGGUGGUGGCUCCUUUGCUGCAGAGGUCAAGAAGGCCAAGGAUCUCGGUUAUACCGAGCCCGACCCAAGAGACGACUUGAACGGUCUAGAUGUCGCUCGCAAGCUGACCAUUCUCGCCCGUCUCGUCGGCUUGAAGGUCCAGAACCCCACAAGUUUCCCUGUCCAGAGCUUGAUCCCCAAAGAGCUGGAGUCGUGCACCAGCGGCGACGACUUCAUGUCUCGCCUGCCCGAGUUCGAUGACCAGAUGGAGAAGCUGAAGCGAGAAGCCGCUCAAGAGGGCAAGGUCGUCCGUUUCGUCGGCAGCAUCGACGUCGUUAGCCAAAGCGUCAAGGUCGGGCUUGAAAAGUUUGACGCCAGCCACCCUAUUGCUGCCCUCAAGGGAAGCGACAACAUCAUCAACUUCUACACCAAGAGAUAUGGUUCCAACCCUCUUAUCAUCCAAGGCGCUGGCGCUGGUGGUGAGGUUACUGCUAUGGGUGUUACUGGUGAUCUUCUCAAGGUCCUCCGUCUACUCAACUGA